AUGCUCGCUCUCCUCGCCCUUGCCCUCGCCGCUGGCGCCCACGCCGCCAACACAACCACCACGCUCCGCCCCGUCCUGCGGCCUGAGUGCAACAAGGCGGACUCGGCUAACCUCGUCCCGUCCAACGACAUCACCCUCAACUAUGGCGCUAGCGAUAAGAGCCUUGUGAGCGUCGUCUUAGCCAUGAAAUACCCCUCAGUGGUCCUCGAGGAGGUCGAGGCCAUCGCGGCGGUGGACUGCGCCGACGCGAGCAUCACCGUCACCUUCAACGCGACCACCGCCUUUGAGCAGACGUCGCGCGAGUGGCAGGCGCUUGAUGACUUCGUCAUGGUCACGAACCACCUGGGUAACUGUGAUGCCGCGAAUGAGCGCGGUUUCUUCCUUGUCGACACGGUGACCUGGGACGCCGAUUCUCUUCAGGUCGUCGCCAACGCUCACAAGAGCGAUGUCGCCAACACGGCUACCUCGACGGAGAUCUCCUUCUCCAACGUCCCCGUUCAGAAUCCCGCCUCCUCCAAGCGUGAUAUCAAGUGGGACGACGGCGGCGUGCACAUCACGAACACGCUCGCUCUCCCGGCCGCAACUAAUCUCUUCACGUACGACCCUUACGUCUCCAUCACUGCCGACGAGGCCUCCCUGACGUCCAACAUGACCUUUUCUGGCACGCUAAAGUACAGCAUCAUCCCCCUCAAGGUCGAGCAGCUCGCUCUCGACAUCGACACUACCUUUGCCGCCGUUCUGGGCCUCACCGUCGACGUCAAGGCGCCGUACUCUGGCAACUUCACCUACGAUCCCGAGGACCUGGGCUACAACUUCGUCGACAUUCCCGGUAUUAUCAAGCUCGGCCCCGCAAUUGGCUUCGCCAUUGGCGUUGAGCUCGAAGCAGACGCCAAAGCAAUCGUCACCACGGACCUCGGCCUCUCCUUCCCGGACGCGAAGCUGCACCUCGACCUCGUCGACUCCGCUGCCUCCUCCGCCACGGGGUGGGACCCCGUCUGGACCGCCAACGCCAACAUCUCGGAGAAGGCAGCCAUCGGCGUGAACCCGUACGUCGAGCUGGGCCUCGAGGUCGUCUUUGAGAUCCUCGGCGGCGCCAUCGACCUCAGCUCAGGUGUGACCUCGCACUCGAAGCUCGUCAACGAUUUUACGCUGUCCGCGAGCCAGGGGGUCAACGGUACCGACGCCGGCAUUGGCCAGGACAACACGGGUUGCCAGGAAGGCUUCGCCGUCAAGAGCGACUUCUUCUUUAGCGUUGUCGGGUUUGCGACGCAGUGGUGGUCGCAGGAGCUUUACAGUGUCGAGGUCCCCGUUGCGGACGAGUGCUACACUUGGUUGUGA